UUGAAUUUGAGCCAUGCUUGCGUUCGAUGCGGUCGCGGUGGCGACAGCGUUUGCCGCUGGAUACGUGACCUUGGGACAUAUCACGCACGUCGAACGUCUUCUCACCAAGACUACCCCCAUCGCCGUCCUAGCCUUCCUCGCAUACCGCAGCUACGAGCUCGAGCAAGGCGGAGCAGCCAUAUCUCGAUCCUUCCUCGUGGAUGUAUUGGCGUGGGGCUCCAAACACUUUCCGCUCAUCACGUCCCUGACUGGGGACGCUAUCGUGAUCUUCGGUGCUCUGUACCUCGUCACAUCGAUUGUACCCGUGCUCCGUCGCGCCCGCUACAGCUACUCCAAGAAGAAGAUGAUCAAUGUGUUCGGACAAGUGGGGAUCUCGAUUCUCAAGCGCAUUCCGAUCCUGUGGACAAGGUACCGCAAUGAAAUCCGUAAGUUGGAAGUUCAAAUCGAAAGGUCACUCCAAGAGCACGCCAAGUCGGCCGCAGACUUCCCCAAGCAAUUCACUCUUCCCGAGAAAGGCACGUCGAGCGAAGUCGUGUUGUCGACGAUGAAAGCAAUGGUAAAAGGUGAAGACAAUCGUUGGAAGGACGGACUGGUGUCUGGCGCUGUCUAUCACGGCGAUGACGACCACGUCGGCCUUCUAAAUCAAGCAUAUGCUCUCUUCAACGUGACGAACCCAUUGCACGCCGAUUUGUGGCCAUCUGUGGUGCGCAUGGAAGCCGAAGUGAUCUCGAUGACGGCGAGCUUCCUCAACGGUGGCAAUACGGAAGUUUGCGGCGCGCUCACGUCGGGUGGCACUGAAAGCAUCGUGCUGGCGACCAAAACCCAUCGCGAUUGGUUCCGCCACGAUCACGGCAUCACAAAACCCGAGAUCAUCGCUGCUGUCACUGCCCAUGCUGCCAUCGACAAAGCCUGUGAUAUGCUUGGCAUCCGCCUCAUCAAGGUGCCUGUGGACCCUGUGACGUUCAGGAUCGACGUGGCCGCGGUCAAGUGGAAUAUUUCAGCCAACACGAUUCUAAUCUACGCCAGCGCGCCGUCGUUUCCUCAAGGCACGAUCGACGACAUCGAAGCGCUCUCCAAGGUCGCAGUCACGUAUGGCAUUGGGCUGCACGUGGACUGCUGCCUCGGCGGGUUUGUGCUUCCGUUCGCGAAAGCUUUGGGGUACCCAGACAUCCCAUCCUUCGACUUUUCGUUGCCUGGGGUAACCAGCAUGAGUUGCGACACACAUAAGUACGGGUACGCGUCCAAGGGCACGUCAAUUGUCCUGUACAAGUCGAAGGAAGUCCGUCGCUUUCAGUACUUUGCUUACUCUGACUGGACUGGCGGGCUCUACGCGACGCCAACGAUCGCCGGUAGUCGCCCCGGCGCGUUAAGCGCGGCGUGUUGGGCGUCCAUGAUGCGUAUGGGCCGAGAGGGCUAUCUGGAAAAGACACGCAGCAUCAUGGAAACAGUCAAAGUGAUCAAGGCUGGGAUUGCCACCAUCGACGGGCUGCACUUGCUCGGUGCCGGUGCUGCCAUGAUCGUGUGCUUUGGCAGCCGCGAGCUUAACAUUCUCAAGGUCAGCGACCAAUUGACCAAACUCGGGUGGAGCCUGAAUGCGCUACAACAUCCCACGAGCGUUCAUUUGUGCGUGACCUGCCGACAAAUUGGCAAGGGCGACCAGUUUGUCACGGCGCUCAGGGAAGCAGUCGAAGCAGUGAAGAAGGACCCGAACGGCAAGCUCGAAGGUGGCAGCGCCAUGUACGGCAUGGCGUCGAGUAUGCCCGCCGGUCCCGUUGAAGACAUCCUGCGCAUAUACCAAGACUGCACCCUCAGUUUGUAGUAUAUGAUAUGCAGGAGCGCAAUCGUUUUUGCAUCUCCCUCAAGAAUACAUGCAUAAUCCAUCACAUGCUUCCAAA